AUGGCUUCAGAGAUCAACGAGGUAAUCGUCGAUCUCCAUCCCGUUUUCCGACUAUACAAAAAUGGCCGCGUAGAACGUUUCAACGAAAAUUUUAACAUGUUCUGUGUUCCUCCAUCGAUGGAAGAUCCAGCCACCGGGGUCUCCUCUAAAGACAUUACCAUCUCAUCUCACGUUUCUGCUAGACUCUACCUUCCAAAAAAUACUAAUGUUACUUGUAACGAAAAACUUCCUGUAUUAGUAUUUUAUCAUGGUGGCGGACUUGUACUUGGAUCUGCUUUUUUCAACGAGGUGCAUUAUUUUCUGAAUGACUUGGUUUCCAAAUCUAAUGCAAUUUGUGUCUCAGUAGAGUAUAGAUUAGCCCCAGAGAAUGAUUUGUCAAUAUUGUACGAAGAUUGUUGGACCGUACUUCAAUGGGUGGCUAGUCAUCACAGUGAGAAUAACAAUGGAUCCAGGAGUAGUAAAGACUCAUGGUUAACUAGCUAUGCUGAUUUUAACAGGGUGUUCAUUGGUGGAGAAAGCGCUGGAGGUAACAUAGCCUAUCACAUGGCUAUGAGAGCUGGCAAAGAAAGUUUAAACGGAGACGUUAAAAUAAUGGGUUGUAUUCUUGCGUGUCCCUUCUUUUUGAUGCAAGACGAUAGUCUUGAUAUGGAGAAUAAUCUGGCUUACCAACUUUGGAUCACCAUAUGUCAAAUAGAAUAUAGAUACUCGCCAAUUGAUAGUCCAAUGAUUAAUCCACUUGCUGAAAAGGCUCCAAGUCUAUCGAGCCUAGGCUGCUCGCGGUUAUUUAUGGUUAUAGCUGAGCAAGAUGUAUUGGUUCCUCGAGAAAUUAUGAUUCGAUUUGUUGAAGGUGUGAAGAAAAGUGGAUGGAAUGGUGAAUUGGAGUUUCUUGAGUUGAAGGUGAAGAACAUUGCUUCUUUGUAA